AUGGCAUGGUCCAUUGACUCAACUGGAUUGGAAGCGGACCAUACCCACGAGUACGACCUGGUAGACACUCCUCAGCAGAACUCAGGCCGGCAACCCAGCUGGGCCGCAUCUACAGGGGUACGACUAAGCCCUGUUGGUGUAUCUUCCGCCUCGUACCCCGUAUCCAAUGGCAGAGAUGCUGCACUGCCGGAAAUGCACCUGGAAGGUUCACAAUUGAGCCUUGCCAUUUCACCUUGCAUCCGCCACCAACGCGAAAAUGAGGCUCCAUGGAAACAGUUCCAUGCGCCCUUUUAUGGGAACCUUGGCGGUUCACCUUCUGCCCACCAUGCAGAUCAAAACGAGGCUACCUUUACCACUAUGAAUAAUUCGAUACAACGUGAACCCUUUCACCCAGAUUCAUCCUUGCGAGUCCCUAGUAACAGUGCGAACACGGCGACCAAUCAUCCAUGGAACACUCCAGAUAUCCGACUGACUCAAAAGAAUGACCAACCUCAUGGGUAA